GAGAACGUUGCUUACACAAUGUUUUCGUAUACCUGACGAGUGACGAGCUCCGAAUCGAACCUAACCACAGUAGUGCCCAGAGUGUUGUGUAUCAAACGCGUUUGUUUACAUUUUGUUCUUUGCGAGAAAUAUAGACUUUAUUAUUAUUUACUAUUUCGCAUAAUAGUCUAACGAAGAAUGUCCGAAUACGACAAGGUGCGCACAAAAAAAUUAGUGCUAAAAGGAGAAAAGCAUAAGUCAAAAAAGAGAAAGCACAAGAAGCAGGGAAGAGACGAUGAAGCCAACAAUCAAAAAGACGAGGACACUCUUCGACACGGUGGCUGGUGGAAGACGUCUAAUGUAUCAGAGAUUACUGGCACAGUAGCAAUAGAAUUCGGUAACUUGGCUUACAUGAAGGCUCUUGACAAUGGUUUGUUUACACUUGGAGCUCCACAUGACGAAGGUGAAGGCCCUCACCCGGAAGAAAUUUUGACUGCAUUUCCAGUAAAUGAAACGAAAAUUGCUUUAAAAUCUGGAUAUGGGAAGUAUAUUGGAGUAGACAAAAAAGGCAUGGUAGUGGGUAGAAGCGAUGCUGUAGGUGCUAUGGAGCAAUGGGAACCAAUUUUUCAAGAUGGGAAAUUAGCAAUUUUGGGAAACACAGGUUGCUUUAUCUCUGUUGCAGAAGACGAUGAUAUUGUUUGUAACAAGCCAAAAGCAGGACCAAGUGAAUAUGUAUCGAUAAGAUGUAUGAUGCAGCAGGUUGAUGAUCCUAACAAAGGAAUACCAACAGAAGAACAAGGAUCUUUAGAGGAAGUCGAAGUUAAUUAUGUACGAAAAUUCCAAAAGUUUCAAGACAAGAAGUUGAGAAUAAGUAAGAAUACCAUUGUAGAAUUAAAAAAGGCUAAAGAAGGAGGAAACUUCCAUGAAACCUUACUUGAUAGACGUAGUAAAAUGAAAGCUGAUAGAUAUUGUAAAUAACUGGAUCUUCAAAAUUGAAUUAUGUAUAUAAAUUUUGGUAAAUCGAAAAAACGAAUUUGUUGGUUUUGUAAAGUUAUUCUUUUAUUUUAUUAUAUCGAAUGACACUACCGCUGCAUGCAACAGUUGACUUAUGCAAAAAACCGCCGCCUCUGAUUCUUAUGCUUUGGAGAGGCCACAUUUACUUCAUCAUGGUUCUUUUUUUUAUUCAAAGGAUCCGUACCCGCAGUUCCGAAAUCUUCGUUGAUCGCUGCUUCUCUUCAGUAUACAUAUAUUGAUAUAUAUAAAAAAAAAUCAACGUCAAAUGAAAAUCUCGGAAGUUUAAUCUUAAUUCCAUAAUUAUUUCAUAUACAUUGCAAUGUGAGACGAUUAUUGAAAUGUACAUGCGCAUAGAGAUUAAACGUAAGCUUGCAGAACUUUGAAGCGCGUUCCUUUUUAAUUCAUCGAAUCAAGUCAUAAAAAAGCAUAUAAUUUUAUCCAUAUGCGGCAGUGUUAAAAAUCUAUCUACUGUGUACUCUGCGAAUUUUCAUUUCAAUAUGUAUUUUAGUUAGAGUUGAAUAGUUAAAAAUAUUUAGAAUACGUAAAGCGCUUCAUAGUUCUGCUAUACUAAACUAGAUUUUAUGGUGUCCAGCUUUUUCUUCAAUAAUAUACCGCAAUAAACAAGUGUAAAAUAUGUCACUCAAGAAUAAAAUCGUUUUAGCUAGACUUAAAUAAAAAAAAAUGCAAUAAAUUA